AUGCGACCCACUAUUCUGGUGAUUAUCACUAUGUUUCUAAGUCUUCAUUCGGAUGGUCAACAUUUGAUUUCAAGCAAUCGAACGAAUCUAUGUCGUCGAACAAUGACAUUGCAACAGAUCCUGGAACUGUUAAAUCAUCAUUCAUGCCAUUCGAUCCUUAUUCAAGUCAAUCAACAUAUACACAAACGAAAUACUGAUGCUGGUAACUUGGAUGUGCAUGCCUUACAAACCACGAUCAAUGAUCAUCGCACCAUGAUUAAUUAUUUGAUCAAUAAUUCCAUCAAUGCUACCUAUGUAGCUGAUGCCAUCAGUAACCAUCAUUCAAAAACGGGUCCCAUCUUCUCCAGCUGGCGUGAUAUCAUCGAUAUUUGCACUGUGCUCUUACUUCUCGGCUUUAUUAUCUAUUAUGGCAUCUUUCGUACUGGCUUUGGUCCAUGUGAUAAGCUCAUAUCGUGUUUUUGUCGACCGGUGAUUGAACGUGCACAAAACCAACUACCACAGCAACAACCAGCACCAAUUAGUCGCAUCAAUCAUAGUUAUUCACCACAAUGA